AGUGGUGGUAACACUCCUCGACUUCAUCGUGUUUGUGUUGGUUGCUGGCUGGUAGCAGCCUUCUACCCGCUGACCAAUUCACCACAAUAUUGAUAGUACGGAGGUGCUGGGGGAAGCCUCCAGCGUGUUGUACCGAGCCACGCGUCAUCGUGCGUACUUCCGUAGCGUGACGGUGGUGGUACCGGUUCACUGGUCCACCACCAGCUGCUCUCUGGCUUUCAACACUACCAGCAUACCCACCACACCGCCAGCCUUCACCAUAACGCGACCCCAUCCUGUGUACGUGCACACGCCCUGGACACUACAGGUGGGCGGGUGUGGGCGGCCUGGCAGGACUAUAUACCUCACGCCUGAAUACUUGGACGACAGAAACUACUCUUACUCUCUCGGUGACUCUGGUCGCUUGCUGGUGCAGGAGUGGGCGAAGUACCGCUGGGGAGUAUUUGAAGAGUAUGGUCACCCAGGCGACCCUUUGUAUCCAGCCUUCCAUCGUACUGCUACCCAUGUUCACAUGCCCACAAGCUGCUCCAACGUGCCCGUCCACGGUACCAUGCCGGCCUGUGACGACUUCCGGGAAACAACGUGUCGCUUUACCCCCAGCGCCGCCAACAACGAUGAGGUGACGUCGUCCCUCAUGUACGUCCACCACCUGCCGCACGUCACUCAGUUCUGUGACGCGGCCACGCACCAGGCCUCUCCACCCACCAAACAUAACGCUCUCUGCAACCACCGUCCUGUAUGGCAGGUUAUACUCCAACACCCGGACUUCCUCUACGACAGUAAUCCUAGUGGAGAAGCGACGAUGAAUGUGACUCCAGUCUUCACUUACGUACGGCAGGCACCCACCCGCUAUGUCAUCGUCGUCGAGAACACUGCUAUCAUGAAUGAGCAGAAGCGCUGGGAGUUCCUACGCAAGGCUGUGAGGAAGCUGCUGGUGUACGAUGUGCCGGCUGGCAGUGAAGUAGGCGUAGUGCUCUUCAACGAGGAGGCCAGAACGAAGUUGCCCCUGGCGCCCACGCCCUCCACCCUGGACGAGCGGCAGCGUCUGGCCACAGCAUCCAUGCCCCGCAACCCCUCCACCACCCAGCAGGGGCAGAGGUGCAUCAUCUGUGGUCUCGAAGAAGCUGUCGUGAUGCUUAAGAGUAGCGGUAGUUCGGCUGGUGGGGUUAUUCUUCUAGUGACCUCCGGGUCACCUCAGCCACUCUCGCCCUACGAUAUCAGGCAGAUGAGCGCUGUGGUGACUAAGGGUGGGGUGAGGGUAGUACCUAUUGUUUACCCUGUUACUGCGGUCCGUGACACCAAGCCUACCUCGGGCGUGGAAAAGCUGGCUCAACUCUCAGGGACGGAGUCGUUCGCGGUGCUGGACGAAGGAAUUGGCAGCGACAGCAAAGUUUCCAUGAUGGUUGCUCUAAUGGACGCUCUCUAUUCCGCUCUCAGGAUCUUUAUCCCACAUGCUGAUAAACUUCCGCUCCUCGUUCAUAAACAGGAGUUCCCAGGUGGAACACUGAGCACGUCUCACGGCUCCUUCAACAUCGACAACACAUUGGGCGGGGAAGUGAAGUUCGCUCUGACCUACUACGACCUCAAUCAUGUAGGUAACACUGUGAAUCUCAUCAACCCUCACGGCAGAAUCAUGGAGACCCUGCAUAUGCAGGAGGAAGACGGAGACGUCAACACUAUCUUCAUUACCGUCACGAACGCCAUGGCCGGUGAAUGGAAAUACAACGUGGAGAACCGUGCAGACAGCCACCAGAGCCUGUGUGUGAGGGUGUUAGCAACGCCACGCACCGCAGACACCACCACCGCCUCCACCGAUGCCAUCACUCUCACCUCCUGGACCUCCAACACAGCCUCCCCUAUCAACGUCUCUGACGUGGAGAAUCCUGUAGUUCUUUACGCUCAGGUGUUGUGUGGAGAGUCGCCAGUUGUGGGAGCUCGGGUAGAGGCCUCCCUGCAAAGAUUGGGCACGAACAGUACUGGCAGCCGCUACGCCCCUGUAACCUUCCUCCUCCUGGACAAUGGCAGUGGAGACGCAGACACGACCCGCUAUGAUGGCGUCUACUCCCGUUACCUGCCGCCCCAGGAGUCUCCGGCGGCGCGCUACACCCUCUCUGUAUCCCUUGGUGACAACAACGGCACUGCCCGGAUCAUCCUCUCUUCCCACGUUUCCAGCUCCACACGUCAGCGCCCCCACCCCAGCAACCACAUGUCCUACACAGGGCAAGUUGGUCCAUUCGGGGAGCACUACGCCCGCGCCCACUCCUACCAUCCAGCCUGGCCCCGAUGUUGUGGAUCCAGGGUGCCUUACACUUCAACACUUCCCAUUGGCAAUCUCUUCCGCUCCGUCACGGUGGGCGUGAUUGACCUGGAGGGCGGCCAGCACUCUCUCGCCCACAUCCCGCCCUCCCGCAUUGGUGACCUGAGAGCGGAGGUCAACGUAGCAGCCCAAAAGGUCACGUUUUACUGGACGGCGCCCGGAGACCGCCUUGACCACGACCAAGCUAUGAAGUACGAGGUGAUCUUCUCUAGAAAUGCUGCAGCUACGGGUCAGGGGUCUGGCGAGAAGACUCUAGAGUGGGAAACGCCUAAACUUGUAGGCACAGCCUCAUCACAUGAUAUGGCCUGGGGACGACACGAUGGUGUCUACUACCUGGCCAUGCGUGCGGUCAGCAAGACAGGCGUGCCAGGUCCCUGGUCCAACACAGCCGAGUUCUUCAUGCCUCACCCAUCCACCACUACCGAGAUCAACACCGGUGGGUCCACUCAAGGUGGCGUACUGGGCGGAAGAUUUGGCGAAAUAGGCGUCACUACCCCUCAACCCAGUUUCCUUUCUACCCGCAACAUUCUGGCCAUCGUCGGGGCUGCUUGUGGCAUUCUGAUAGUCAUUUUGGUUAUGGCUGUGUACUACCUGUUAGUAGUGACGCGGCGGCGACGCCACAACCAGGAGAAGAAAUCCAUAGAGGUGCUAGAACCAGCUGCCACCACCACACCUGCUGGCUGUGACACUGACAGCGAAACUGAUUCCAUUACCAAGCCGCCGCCACCUCCGGAGGCCCGAGUAGUGGGCGAGGCAGAAAUGACUGGGAAGAGAUCCAUGAGUCCCAUACAGUCGUGGCCGGCCUCCACUCUCCUGGCUGAACACGAGAGGCGUCACCCACAUGACACUCCCGAGGGAGGUGAGGCUGGAGGAGAGAUGACCCUGCAUCAACCGGACCUCGGUGUGCCCUACAUGCCCACAGUUCAUCCGGCUCCACCUCACCCCUUCUAUUACCAUACCCCUAAUGGUCACUACAUCGAGGAUAACUUGCCAAUGGAUAGCGGAUCUAUGAUAUCUACUCAGCCUUCAGAGUCUAUCUCUGUGUAUAAAGUAGAUACCAAUACCAACGAUAACGUUCGACAGCAACCUUCCUCCAUGACAGCCACUCCCAUCUCAUGGGAAGGUGGGCGGCGGGCGGGGACAAUGAAGGUACCCCCGCCGACUCCUCCGAAGCCCACCCUCUCCGCCCACCUGACAUUGGGCGGGGUAGCUGCUACGCCUCUGGGAACCGAGAGGAAACGCAGGAACGUGACGCAGGUGUGAAGCCAGGGAUGCUCCAGACUAAAAUGGUCAAUGAUUCGCCUGACAUGAACAGCCCCUCUCUAAGAGCAAAAAAAAAAAAAAAGAAAAAAAAAGAGAACUAAAUAUAAUGUUUCAGAGAGACCAUGAUGGAUCUGUCUAAACAUGGUUUUGAGCAGAUUUUCACCUUUCUCAGGCGUUAUAGCCACUUUACCCUGCUGGGUUAUACUUGGCGGGGUAGAAACCACAGCCUUUCUGAACUACUGCGAGUGUAAUUCUUCUGUGGAGCGACAGUGAAAAGUGGUGAAUAUUUCUCUUCCACUGACUAAAGUGAUUUCCAGAUGUACUUUUGAAAGGAAAGGGAAUCGCGACUCUUGGAACAAAAGCCUCACUUAGUGCUGACAGUGGAACAAGAAGUAUUCUUAUGCGUAUGUGAAUUGUUGCUUUCAUAUCAGUAGAAUAAUAGCAUGCACUUUGGAAAUGGAAGGAAGCGAGCAUUCAUUAUUUCUAAAGUGGGUUAUGACAAAAGGCUGGGCUCGGCUUGUCAGUCAAUUUGUAGUGAACACGGUCACAACUCUGCUGAAUUAAAGAGGACUUUCUGUAUCCCGAGGCGGAGUUCACUGUAUUCAGAAACAUGAUUCACUUUGUUCAGAUACAGGGCUUGCUGCAUUUCCUGAGAUUGCUAACUGGAUUCAAUGAGGGUACUCCUGUAUUCCGAGAGGAAGCUCACUGUAGGUAUAACUUUUAAGUUCAUAUUUGUUUUUAUAUGAUCUUAGCCAUGAACGAAGUAAUUAGGAGGCGAAUGCCAGUUAUCAAAGUGAUUAAUGACACUUUGUAUCAUAAAUUAGAUUGCCUGUAGUUUAUCGUUAAACAGGAGUGAAAUGAAGGAGGUAAAUAGCCUCACAUUACUGAGGAUUUUUACCACAUAAUUAACUGUCAGACCUAAGAGGUUUCUUAUUAUGAAUAAGAAUAUGGUUACAAAUUAUUCAGGUAUAGUGAAGGCAACAGGUAAUGUCUAGGUCAAAGAGCUUGCCUCCCCUAUCCUUACCUAACCACUGCUGUUGUUAAGCUAGGUAUGUGUUGUGCUUCUAGGUGUUCCACGAAGCUCACCACUUACCGUUAGGCUUCUUGUUAUCAGAUCAAUUUUUUUAUUCCAUAUUAUAUUAGCUGUGGAGUGUUUGUAUAUCUGUACUAGCUUAUCAGUGUUGGCAGGGCAGUGGCACUCCAUGCCCUGUGAUGACAGGGAAAUGGUAUUUGCAGGUCAUCUGCGUUGGUAGGGUGGUGGUGGUCCAUACCCUUGAUGUUGGCAAGUCUGUGAGGUUGCAUGUCCUCAACGAAGGCAAGGCGGUUAUAGAUGCGCCUCCUCCAUGCUGGAAGUGGAUGUUCUUUGUGUUAGCUGGGCAGGAGUGUUGUAACACUUAGUCUUAGCAGGCCAGAAGUGUUGCACGUUUGUGUUGAGAGGACAGUACUGAUGUAUUUCCUUGCUUUAAGGGCAGUGGUGUUUUAUCGCCCCCUUCCCCUGGUAUUGGCAGAGCAGCGGUGACACAAGGUUUUGUAUUCUCUGAGGGUAUCUGUGUUACAUAUCCUCUUGUAGGAAAGGCAGUGUUUACAUGUCAUCUUGUAGGAAGGCUAAUGUUACAUGUCCUCUUUGGGAGAGCAGUGGAACUAUAUUUCCUUUGUAGAAGUUCAGUGGUGUUGUGUGUGUAUUCUAUGGAAGGGCAGUGAUGUCGAAUGCUCUCAUUGAGAGGGGAGUGGUGUCGCAUGCUCUCAUUUAGAGGGCCAGUGGUGUUGCAUAUCCGUUGUGUUCGUACUGUGUGCCAUCUUCAGCCAAGAUCUGUUACCCGCCGCCACUUGCAACAUUCUCUUACUUAAUUAUCAUGCUGUACACUUCGUCGUCCAACUGCGAACUCUCUGCACAUAUUACUCAAUAAUGUAUUUAUAGCUGCACCUUUUUUGUAUAUGAUGUACAUAGAAGUUUUGUGCCAAAUUUCAUGUAGGCCAUGUCUAUUUUUGUACGUGUGAUAUCAGGCAUGAGGAAGCAAGUAACACUAGCACUACUGAACAGAUUUUGCAGACCUCGCCUGCACAGUGUAGUGUGCUCAUUUUAACAGGCGCUUGAGUGACACUUCGUCAUGACCAACGUUGUGUUUUUAGAAAUUCGAAACAAGUGUUCGUAUUAUGUGUGUGUGUGGUGCGCGUCAGUGUGUGCAAGUGCAUUUGAACAUGCUAGAUAUUCUGAUCUCCGAAUGUAAAAAAAAAAAAAUUACUAGCUAAUAUGUGUUUGCAUUGCUGCUUAGCUAUGGACAUUUGCCGACUGGCAGUGUUUACAAGAAGGGGAGGAGGGCGCUACGGAAAAAAAAGGUCUUCUGCUGUAAUAAGAAACUAAAUAGUGUUAAUGCUGUACUUGGGAGCCUUAAGUGAGUAAUGAAGGCAAUCCUACGAGUCAUUCAUUUUAAAGUGGGGUUAACAAUGAGGCAUGGAAUGCGUUAUCACUCUUAUUAAUACGUGGGCGAUGCUGCUGCUGCCAGCAUCCCAGCCAGUGUGUUCGUCUCGGGUGCUGUAAAAUACUACGUGCUCCGCGCGCGCGUCUGUUCGGGUUUAGCACGUUCACAAAAGCCUCUAUUCACUCCGUAACAUAGUAACAACAAGUGAAAAAAAAUGAUCGAAACUGGGAGAAAAAAAAUGGCUGGCUUUAGUUACUUUUUACUAAUACGUAAUUUCAUAAUGUUUGUAAAGAAGUGAAAUUAGCUCAUCUGUCACAACAAACUUGUUCGUAAAAGUUCAACCGAGAAGAGAAUUGAACCACGAGAUUACUUUAACAAUAAAAGGCAGCAAAGAUGUAUCAAAGUGUAUCCCUCGCUAUAACUGGUAAAUAAAUCAACUCUGGGUUUCCGUAGUCGACCGUGUCAUACCCAUAAUGCCCAAGUUCCUCUGACAGUUGAGCUUGAUAAUUUGCUUUAUUGCCGCACCUCGAACCCUCCCCAGUGUGGACCGAGGUGAGCACCGACCCCGACUGUGUGCUCAAAAAAAAAAAAAAAACCUUUGCUGACCAUAACUUCUCAGUGUCUCGUGUUCCAUAAUGCUCACCCCCCUCGUUGCGCCCUGUCUUAUCCGAGGCUCCAUCAUGUGUGGGCCCUUUACAUCGGUGCUCCUUCCUUUUCCCUCGGUAUGUCCUCCCUUUCUCUUCAGUAUGUCUCACUGUUUAUGACCAGUUCCCUAUCCGUAUCAUCCAGUUCCUCCGUAUUCGUAAUAUCUUAUUCCCCCAUCUCCUUUCUAUGUGGUUCCCUCGCUCUUCAAACACCAAGACUUUUACCACACUCUUCCCCCUUCCCAUUAGUGUUCCUUCCCAUCCCACACGUAUCGGCAUCUGCCGGUGGUGCUCCUGCCGCUGACACCACAAGGCCCGGACUCAAAGCUAAACAAAGGCAUCUAGACAUCCCUUUCGUGCAUCGAUUUUAUUUGUAUUCAUCACUGUAUUAACUAAAACAAAACGUGUCUUCGGUUAGGCUCAAACGAGUUGUAUCUGGCCGUUGGGAAUUUUAUUUUUCAUUUGACAGGAACGCAUAUCAACCUGCUUUAGCACUUGUAAUGCUGUACGAUAAUCAUUAUUGUGUAAGUCCGCACAUUUAUGUUUUAGAGGUUAAGAGAUCCACUACGCCGGAAGAAGAGAAAAAUGGGUCUGAUUUACAGGGUGAACAGAGGGUGUACUCGGGACAACAGUGUGAGGGGAAGUCAUGCUUCAGAGUGAACACUAAUACAAGUACGCCGGCCGUAGAGAGCUGUGGAUCACCCCGUCCAUGUUAAUGUACUGUUACUGUGUUUUACUGAAUAAGACUACCACACUUGCUUUAAUAAGACGUAAUGAUUUUUUGUUUUGUACUCUUUUUGGGUCACGUCUCCUCAGUCUCCCUCACGAGUAGCAACGCCACUGUGCUUCCCACUGGAACAUUUGAUACCCGGGACGAUUAACGAGCUUGUUAGAAAUAUAUUCGUUCAUUGCCGCCGAAUCAAUUAGUUGGAGCCCAGUUCCGGAAAUGAUUAUGUGCCUCUAAUUUCUUUUUUGACUACCUCCCCCAGGAAGGAUAAGAGAAGUACAUAAAACAUUCAAGCUAAUGUAGGAAUUAAUAAUACCUAAAGAAAACGAAUGUUCAGACAUGGCGCUAAGUGAUGCGAGACGCGCUACUCCUGAUGCUUACCUGAGAGACCCGACCGCCGUGCAUGACUGGUGUCCGCAAGUGUGGCCAGCCAUGCCCUCUGGUAGGUUAUGCAGGCUCAUUGCUUCUGGCCACGUCCUUGUCCGACUCACCAGCCUACAUAAAUACUUUUGAUUACAAAGAUAGAAUUAGUGAAUUAUGUAUAAUGGUUGACUUGGAAUCGAGUUUCUGGGACCACUGCAAAUCUCGAACAACUGCCUGCCCACAACUGCGUAUAGAGCACCCUUUGAUAUGAAUAUUCAUUCGAAACUACAGCACAGUAUUUGUAUAAACUACUUAAGCUACUCAAUUCUAAUAAUGGUCGCCUAAACAGAGUCCUGAGUCCCGUAAAUCACUUGGGCCCUGAUAGCUUCAGUGGUCUUGGGAGGUGUUGUACAGCUGAGUCAGACGAGGACACCAACAGGUCUAAGCCAGGCAAGGUGUAAGCCUAGUGUGUAAAUCUUUGUGUGAUGGUUAUUGUAAACUUGUUUGUUACGAAGCCACUGUGAUUUAUGUAGUUUUAUGAUUACUCUUUAGACAUUUAUAUGAACAUUACUGUCACAAUUUCCUCCUUUUUUUAAUUUAUCUAGUCGUGGGAUUCAUACAUCAUUGUCCCUGUGUACAGAUCUCCAAAUAAAAAGAUUAAUUGCA